UUAAAGAGUUAUAUUUAUAACAAAUUAUUCAAAAGGUAUUGGCUUAUUGCAUGAUAUGAUGUCAAGUAAGUGAGCUGUUUUGUGGUAUGUAAGAAGUGCCAUAAUAAUGGGACCAGCAACUGACUGAAGAAGCCUGCCAAAUUAAAUGUCAUAUCAAAUGUAAUUGUUGUCAUUACAAUAGCGCUAUUUACCUAGACGAUGAUAAUGUACAUGAUAGUAUCAGUUGAGUAUCAAAGUUAUCCGGAUCUGAAAUCACUUCAUGUUCUGAAUGCUCACCCAGCAAACUGCAUUUGUAUUGAGUUUGACCCAACUGGAAAGUAUUUUGCUACUGGAAGUGCAGAUGCUCUUGCCAGUCUGUGGGAUGUUGAAGAACUUGUUUGCCUCAGAACGUUUGCAAGAUUGGAUUGGCCAGUAAGAACCUUAAGCUUUAGUUAUGAUGGAAAGAUGUUAGCUUCUGCAUCUGAGGAUCUAGCAAUUGACAUUGCAAAUGUUGAAACAGGUGAAAAAAUUACAGAGGUUCAGUGUGAAAGUCCAACAUUUACUGUAGCCUGGCAUCCAAAGAGACAUCUUCUAGCAUUUGCAUGCGACGACAAAGACAAAUACAACAGAGACAGAGAUGCUGGUACUAUCAAGCUGUUUGGACUACCGAAUGAUCAGUAAUUCUUACAGUAUGUUUUUGAGGAUCAUAAAUGUGCCUACAAAGUUGAUGAGAACUGUAAUCAACUGAGCGUCCGUUUCCAAUUGUGUAUGUAAAGGUAUGUCUACUUGAAGUUACUGUUGCACCUUACUGAAAAAAAGACUAUUCACCUAGAAUCCUAAUAAUGGUGUAUGAACAUACAUUUUGUGGUUAUUUAUGGUCAAUUGUACCAUGGUGGCAAUCUUUGGUUUUGAAGAUUUUGGUGCCGGUCCUUUACUUAGAAUAAUUAUAUUUCGCAACUACAACGACCGAUGAGCUAAAACUUUCACAGGUUUGGUGCACAUGUUAAGAAACGCCAACUAAAUCUGUAAUUCUCGCUAUCGAGAAUUGAUAUUGUUUUAAUGUUUUCUCUAAAAGUAAAGCAUUUCAAGGG